AUGGGCAAGGCUUUAGAUCUCAAGUAUGCCGAGCUCAUGCGCGCGCAUCCUUUCGGCACAGCACUGUAUCUCCCGAUCCCCUCGAGUCAGUUCCAGCCCGGAUUCAUCGGAUAUUUUGACUCGACUGGGGCCUGGAAUCCUAUCGGAAACCUCACAUCGUCGCCAAGCUUACCAUCGGGGCUGUCAUCCAUCGACGGCACAACAUUGAAGCGGGCGCCGUCUCAGAAACAAAUAUGGGGACCAAAACUGGGCAACGAGACAAGAGGUCGCGCCAUCGAUCUCAGCGUUGGCCUUGGGGCAAUACCUAUGCUGGCAGCCGCAGCACUACCCUUUGAUGUGUCCGCCUGCUUUCGAUUCCAGGCAGAUAAGAAUCACGGCGCUGUUCUUCUUACUAGUGGUCCUGUUGUCCAUGAGCGGUAUUAUCAUAAAGAGCCUCUUCUUCAGUGGAUGAGGCAGAACGCGAAAAGCAUAGUGAAAUCGCACCCCGAAGUCAGAGAUAACGGCUUGUGGAUUAUCACUUCCACAUGGGCAGCAGAGAAUGCAUCGGUGAAUUGCUGGAACUCCAAAGACAAAAGCGUUGAUGUUGGGUUCAGCACAACGGCUCUGGAGUUUGGCGAAGUGGCUCCAAAGGGAAGCUACCUACACGGAGGGAGUGCAGAAGGAUGGAUAAGCACCCAGAGUGACGAUAACGACAAAGGCCAUGUUGUCUUCUUCCAUGGCAUCAGAUUCACAUGGGUUCCCAUUCGUGGAUUGACAGAAAAGAAGAACGUCCCCGGGAAAUUUCGAGGAGAUGCUCGUACAACGUCCGAAUCCUUGACGAUGUUUGAGGAUGACUUGGGCGAUGGGACUUUCGAGGUACAGUAUGAAGACCAGACUGAAAAAGAGAAACAAGAUGCAAUGCACCAGGACGACGAUGAGGAAGACGCAUGGGAGUAG